CCGCCAGCAGCAGCAGUGGAGCGCUCUCAGGCGCGAACCUCUUUCUAUCUACCCCAUCUCGUGCACACGCUUCACCUCCCUAUUCGACCUGAGGCCGAACAACGCGCGACAGAGACGGACAAACGCGCCGAUACGGCGGUGCGCUACGUACUGCCUCGGUGGGAUCUCACCUCAAACUGACCCAACCCCACCGGUGUCGGUUGUUAGCACUCCUGCUACCCUGUGGCGUCUGAGGAAGUGGCUGUGUGUCGUCUUUACGUCCUGGGGCCAACCUUAUUGCCGAGAGAACCUUGCCUGCAUUGGCAGCAGGCACAUCAGGCAUCUGCUCGUUUGCUGCGUACGUCGAUACAAAAGAUCACGAUCUGAAUUUUACCAAUACCGAGGAGGCUGGCUGCUGCAGUCUAGCGAGGGAGGCUGCCGCAUCGGCUUACACAUAGUACUCGCACUAGCCGAGUGACCAUCAUGGCGGCGGCAGUAGCAACAAACAUCACCAGCGGGGAAGGGCCGGCGUACGUCCUCUGCGCCCUUCCGUACCGCACCGAUGCGGAGCGGGAGGACUGGGGGCUAGACACGGCCCUGGCUAUCGUGGAGGAAGCGGUCGAGGCCUUCGAUCCCCAGAGGAUGAAAGCGCGGCCAGCGAGAACCAGCUGGCCCCCGGAGCUGCAGGACAAGGCUAAGGCGUUGGAUACAAUCGAGCUGAUGCGAUCCGCCUACUUCGCUAGAGGAUCCAGCAGCCUGCCCGACGUCAGCGAGCCGGUGCCCAAGAUAGAGGAUAACUUUUACAUGUGGCUCUCCCUCAGGAAGCAGCAGUGGAGAAAACACAGGAGAGACAAGAGGGCCGGCCGGAAGCUGACCCCGGAGGAAGACUUCCCAAGAUGGCUGCAAGAGCGCAAGUGGCACUGGAAGUCGAGCAAGAUGGAGCGCGAGUCCCUCAACACCCCUCGGCUGGAGGAAGACUUUUACACGUGGUUGUCGGAGCGGAAGAAGGUCUGGCGCCUCCAGAGGCUCGCCCGCAAGCACGGUGGCCGCGGGCUCGCGUCGAACAGCAGCAGCGGGUUUAGCCGAGACGGCGUGGCGGAGCUGCCGGACAACAACUACCAGCACCAUCUUCAGCGGCAGAAGCAGCAGAAGCAGAAGCAGCAGCAGCAGCAGCAGAAGCAGCAAGGACAACAGCCGCAGCCGCUACCGCUGCAGCAGCCGCAGCAGCCGCAGCAGCCGCCGCAGCAGCAGCAGCCACAGCAACAACCACAGCAGCAUUACCACCAUCAACAGCAACAGCAACAGCAGCAACAGCAGCAGCAACAGCAACCACAGCAGCAUGAUGAGGGGGGUGGGGUGAUGGGGGCUUAGGCAAUGGGCAGGGGGAAUUGUCCAUAGCGAUGGAUCAUAGGUACACGAGAGACACCCUGAGUCCGGUUGGCCUACAUCCCCGUUUCCCCUCGUUUUGGAACACCCUCGAAACGACCUGUGUUGAUACCUGCUUAGAGACUUGACAUUGUUAUGUUUUGUUUUGGGGGUAAUUUUUUAUUGGCUUUUGCUCUUUCGGCCUAGAUGGCUGUGUUGGCGUCAGUCGUCCUCGUGCUCAGCAAUGUACAGGCGGAUGACUUUGUUUUUGUUUUGGUCAUUCGUGUUUAUUUUGUUUUUGCCCCUUCGUGUCGUUUUGGUAGUGUUAUGUGUGUUUGGUGAGAGAUUUGUAUCGUGCUGUUGAUGAGGUGCACCAAGUCGCGUGUCAGUAGUGUUUGGUCUCAAGGGAGCAUCCGUUUGAAUGUUGAAGUCGAGGAUGCCGGCGAAAGUAGGAGCUGUGCUUCUUUCCGCACAGCGGCAUGAGCUCAGCGGCACCCCGCCGGCGAUACUGAUUCCAUCAUGAUUGGAUGUUAGUGCAUCUCGAAUGCUCAUCGCUUCGCUACAUGGACAAGACGGAGAGAGAGAUGGAGCUUAUCCAUCGCACAGCCUUGCUGCUCGUCAUCCAAACGCCUUUGCUGGCGAGUUUUCAAGCUCAUACUGCGAAAGUCGUGUCUUCCCCGCCAGGAUAACCUGGCACCGAGCCUGCAACACAAACAAAUGCUCCUUGCGGAAAGACAAAACAAUUGACUACGACGUCUGCGUCACCGCUUGAGAAUUUAGCGGCCACGAACUUGAGGGCUCAACUUUCCCCCUCGACAAAGUGCAAGAAAUUGCAACCAGCAGGGUUCCCUUUCAACAUUCACUGCUGUGAAGUCUUUAUUCACUCGAACGGGUAUUUGGCCUUACAGAGACCUGUGAAUUUUCAUUUUCUGCUGGUUGUCCACAGAGGAAAUAGGAAGCACGAAUCUCGGGGAGCAAGAAUAGAGGCGAAUAUUGAGCGUCUGUGGUUGGUUGCGUGUUGUCUCUCCCACCUGAGCCCCCUUGAUGAUGUUGGAUUCAACCAAGCUUUGCAACGACAGCGACGAAAGGGAAUGAUUACAUUCGCCUUCUCCCCCCUCCGCUAUGAUUAGCCCGCCCCCUUCGAGUUGUUCCACCCAACUAGCACACACGAAGGAAGCUAGGGCACUUUUGGGGGGGCGCGACAAAAUGCGUCAGUCAGUCUCAAGACAACCGCAGCACGCAACACGUUUUUUUCUAACCGAUCAAAGGGCUGCAAGAUAUUAGUACCCAUGGGUUUCACUCCGAGAAGUCAAUCCCAAACGGUGUUAGUAACAAAACGUCGUUGAAAGCAUAAGAAAUUUCCAAAUAUCAAUUGAAUUUCCCCUGCUGCACACCUGCAGCUCUCCCAAUAGCGCUUCCAAGAGAAAAAGCACAAUUGAUCAUGCCACUCACAAAACAAAAAGCCCACCACUGCUUGUCUACUCUAUGCCCUUCAGUCCCUACCUCUCAUGUCAAAGGCGAACCGCGCAUUCCAACCGCUAUCCGUCUUACAUGUUACAUACCUGACAAAUCUGCCAAUAAAUCCCUUGGAAGAAAACCAUACACGAUAGCAAAUGGGUGAUGCUCUUCCAGCCGGUUCAACUGAACGCGCAACGUCAGGAAUGGACCAUGCCCCAGAUCCAGUACCCUACCGGCGUCAUUACCACAACACAUGAAGAGUCGAACACACUUCCGUGAGUCCUGUCACGGAGUAGUUAGUACCUUUCUGUGAUGUUGAUUACCUACGUGUUACAUAUUCUACAAAAAAAACUGUCGCGGUCUCAUGGCGUCGUCAGUUGGGCGCAAAGCUCGACUUCGCCAACGCAUGCAUGAACCUGCUCGGCACUGAUCGUCUUCUCGUCGAUGCGCCAUUUCCACGGUCACCGAACAUCGAACCCAUACAAUACAUGUGCUACUAUACUUGCUGCUGUUAGCAGCGACCAAGGCAAAGCUUGUGAGUGGAAGAAAGCCACGUAUUCUUAGUCUGAGCUUGAUUCAAACAUCUGUCAAACUCGACCCACCCUUUGCCAGUCUAGUAAGCCAACCGAUCCGCCU